GACCGAGGUGAAGGCGCUCCGAAGGUACCGCCUCGGGGGUGGCGGGGAUGCGACACGCAGGGGCGUUCCGAACCUUGGGCUCCGCAGGUCCCCGGGCGCGGUGAGCUUGGUUACUCCCCACAGCCGGGACCUGAGUGGCCGCGCUGACCGGCCCCAGAUGCGCUGCCGCGGGCGAUGCGCGCCUCCCAGGUUCGCAGCCCUCCUGCCUUCCCUCCGCACGCUGUGCUACCCCGCCAGGAGGGGGAAAACACUCAGCGGCUCGCCGCCUUGUCUUCGCUUUGUGUAAUAAAGGAUGUCAUUAGGUUUGCGUGUGGCAUAUGCCAUUACCCCCACCGUAAAACUAAAAUUAGCAAAAUGUCAGGAAUGGAAAGAUUGAUUCACCCAAGAUGCAAUUAUCAUUUUAAAAGUGCUUGAUUGAGGUGCUGAUGCUCAGUGAUUUAUUCUGCAUACCAUAUACAUAAUUAAAGUAGUGUAGUGGAGCAAUUUAUCAAUCUAGUUUAGACUAGAGGGGCAAGGAACUGCUGUCGCUGCUGCUGCUGCUCUAUGUUUGUUUUAUUAAAACGCUUUCGAGAUCUGAUCCCGCCCCCUUUUUGUGAGACUGAAACUGAUUAUUUCUUCAGCUUGGGAGGAGAGAGUCAUUCGUUUGGGAUUGUGGGAGAGGUAGAGUAAUAGAUUCACGAUAAAAAGAAGAAAAAGGAGGAAGAGAGAGAAGUAGAAAAGGACAACUCAUCAGGAGUACGGUUUGAAUCCCUUUCUCGCCUCCCCCUUCCCCUCCGCGAUGUUACAGAGACUGUGAGCUAUUCGCCUUUUCCCAUUCGCCUGCUGCCACUUCCUUCCUGGACGAUCUCAGGACGAGUCCGGUUACUUUUAAUCCGACCAGCAGCUCAGGCACUUUCUCCUCCUCCACGCAGCACACACGCGCACACACGCGCACCACACACACGCACACGCACACACCCCAGGCAUCUUCUGGCUGCUUAUUGGAUUGACUUUGAAGGUUGUGUGUGUGAUUCAAGGCGGCUGCAUGUUGAACCAGGAGGUGAAUAUUUAAGACUGGAAGAAGUAAAGGGAUUUUUUCUUUUUCCUAUGAAAGGAAAAUAUCUGAAGGACUAGUCUGAUCAGCCAAACAGCUAACUGUUUACAAUACUCAUUAGAAACAAAGGUACCAUUUGAAUAGAACAUUUCAAAAGAAGAUCUUCUUAUCUUCUCUUCUGGACCACCCUGGGAAGAAUGUAUAAAGAUGUACCACUCCUUUGAUCAAGAGCAUUAUAAACAGACUUAAGCAGUUUUCUAAGUCCCUCUUGGGUGUACGUGUGUGCUUGCCAUUCACACAUCCCGAAAUGAGAUGGAAUGUGAAGCAGGAACGGAUGCAGAGGACUGUGAACUGAGUGGUGCAAGUGCUGAAGAAGGAGGUUUGUUUUGAGGAAACAGGAAAGAGGAAUAAAAGAGAAGGGAAAAAUACGUAAUUGUAAGGAAGAAGGAGAGAAAAAAAAACGGGGACUAUGGGGAGAAAAAAGAUUCAGAUUACAAGGAUUAUGGAUGAACGUAACAGACAGGUGACUUUUACAAAGAGGAAAUUUGGGUUAAUGAAGAAGGCUUAUGAGCUUAGUGUUCUAUGUGACUGCGAGAUUGCUCUAAUCAUCUUCAACAGCACCAACAAACUGUUCCAGUAUGCCAGCACUGAUAUGGACAAAGUGUUGCUGAAAUAUACGGAGUAUAAUGAGCCACAUGAGAGCCGAACAAAUUCAGAUAUUGUUGAGACAUUAAGAAAGAAAGGACUUAAUGGCUGUGACAGUCCAGACCCUGAUGCAGAUGAUUCAGUAGGUCACAGCCCUGAGUCCGAGGACAAGUACAGAAAACUUAAUGAAGAUAUUGAUCUAAUGAUCAGCAGGCAAAGAUUAUGUGCUGUUCCACCACCAAACUUUGAGAUGCCAGUUUCUAUCCCAGUGUCCAGCCACAACAGUUUGGUAUACAGUAACCCAGUCAGCUCACUGGGAAACCCCAACCUGUUACCACUGGCUCAUCCUUCUUUGCAAAGGAAUAGCAUGUCUCCUGGUGUGACACAUCGGCCUCCAAGUGCAGGUAACACAGGUGGCCUGAUGGGUGGGGACCUUGCAACCGGUGCAGGCACCAGUGCAGGAAAUGGAUAUGGAAACCCCCGCAACUCACCAGGUCUGCUGGUCUCACCUGGCAACUUGAACAAGAAUAUGCAAGCAAAAUCUCCACCUCCAAUGAAUUUGGGAAUGAACAACCGUAAACCAGACCUCCGUGUGCUUAUUCCACCAGGCAGCAAGAGUAACAUGCCAUCAGUGUCUGAGGAUGUUGAUCUGCUUCUGAAUCAAAGGAUAAAUAACUCCCAGUCUGCUCAGUCAUUGGCUACUCCAGUGGUUUCCGUAGCAACUCCUACUCUACCAGGGCAAGGGAUGGGAGGAUACCCGUCAGCCAUCUCAACAACAUAUGGCACUGAAUAUUCUCUGAGUAGUGCAGAUAUAUCAUCUCUCUCUGGUUUUAAUACAGCCAGUGCUCUUCAUCUCGGUUCUGUGACUGGCUGGCAACAGCAACACCUACAUAACAUGCCACCAUCUGCCCUCAGUCAAUUGGGAGCUUGCACUAGCACUCAUUUAUCUCAGAGUACAAAUCUCUCCCUGCCUUCUACUCAAAGCCUCAACAUCAAGUCAGAACCUGUUUCUCCUCCUAGAGAUCGUACCACCACACCAUCGAGAUACCAACAGCACACACGCCAUGAGGCGGGGAGAUCUCCUGUUGACAGUUUGAGCAGCUGUAGCAGUUCCUACGAUGGAAGUGACCGAGAAGAUCACCGGAAUGAAUUCCACUCCCCCAUUGGACUCACCAGACCUUCGCCGGACGAAAGGGAAAGCCCCUCUGUCAAGCGCAUGCGGCUCUCUGAAGGAUGGGCAACAUGAUAACAUUAUGAUCUAUUAGUUGGGUUUUUUUUUUUCUUGCAGUGUGUGUGUGCUAUACCUUAAUGGG